AGAGGGCGGGACUUCCGGCGGCUCGGGUUCCCCCAAGAUGGCGGCGCCCGUGUCGGUGCGGGUGGAGUUCGGAGGUGGAGUCGAACUCCUGUUUGACGGCGUGAAGAAGCACCUGGUGACCUUGCCCAGCCAGGCAGAGCCCUGGGACAUCCGGCACCUCCUCGUUUGGAUCCAGAGCAACCUGCUGAAAGAGCGACCCGAGCUGUUCAUCCAGGGAGACAGUGUGCGGCCCGGAAUCCUGGUGCUGAUCAACGACGCCGACUGGGAGCUUCUGGGUGAGCUGGACUACCAAUUGAAGGACCAGGACAACAUUAUCUUCAUCUCGACCUUACAUGGUGGUUAAAAUCCCUGAAAGCCCAGAGGCAGAAACCCUCAAGAUGGGGGAUCAAAAUUAAAAAAAAAAAAAAAAGGAAGACUCAACCUUUGCCCCCUGGGCUCUCAGGGCUGCUCAGGGUGCUUCUGGCUGGCUGGCUGUCAGGAAGGACUAACCAGUGACAGUAAGAAGCCCAAGCCCCCCUGCAGUGGCUCCUGGAACCGACUCCUUUCUUUCCCACCUUCCCUCCUUGUCCCAAUCUCCUCCCUAUUUUUCCGUCUCCCCAGCUCUCCCUCCGGACAGGGAAAUGAGGCCAAGCACUCAAAACAAGCAAGGGAACUGGAGGACGCAGCUUUCUCCCUCUCCCCGGCCCCAACCAAACUCAGCAGAUGGACCGCCCCUUGGCCAAAAGUGCCUUGACGUCUUGUGUCUAUCCGUGUUGGGGUCCGGGUGGUCAAGUGAGGAACCGAGUAGAAUAUUCAACCCCAAGUGGAGUCCCUGAGGGCCCUGGUUAGGGGUCCUAGUCACCCUUCUACCUCCGGUUCCAUUCCUGGAAAAGUGGGGAUGAGCCUCCCAGCAGAUGGACUAAAAAGACCCUGAACAAGCACCCCUAGGGUAGCGCUCUCUGCCUCUUCCACCCCAAUCUCCACAACUGGCUUCAGGUUUUCCGAGCCGCUCCAGCUUCUCCUCUCCCUCUGCCUCCUCAUGCCCUGGGCUUCAAUUUAGGGCAUUACCCCAGGUCAGACAGGCCACCAGCCGACCUACCUCCACACCCCUCCAAGAAAGGACUGCUGCCGGUCAAGCCCCGCUGGAGGGAAAGAGUGGACAGGAGCCGACAGCCCUGGGCUGGGAGGUGGAACCGACCUCUGGACUUGCCGGCUGCCACUGCCCAGUUGGAUGAGGGCGGGCGUCCGCUCUCUGGUGUCACCCGGGAUUUUGGCCAUCACUGAAUGGGACGCCUCCCUUGGGAGAGGGAGCCUAGGGAGUGUAUGUGGAGGGGCGGGAGGGAGGGGGGACGGAUUGCAGCCUUUUGACCCCAGAUUGAGUUCUCCAGCUUCUCACCACCAAAACUCAAAGAGAGCAGGAGUCCCAAGCCCCUCCCACCCCGCAGAUCCGUCUGGAGGCCAGCGCCGCAGAGCUUGUAACAGCCGGUGUCGGGCAAAUAAAGGCCUGCAUGCUUGGCGUUUUUUUCUUUA